UUCUGCUAUGCGCAUGCGCUGUAUAUCGAGUUUGGCGCGCGGGACUACACUAGGAAGUCUGCUGAACUGCGUGUGGCUGUUUUCCCUACUACACAGUGUUAAUAACUUUUCAGAUUUUAUUUUAUUACAUUAAAUACGAGGAGCCGACAUGUGGAACCAGGGAGGAUACGGUGAGUCGACUGUGGGUGGAGGUUAUACUCAGUCUCCAGGAGGUUUUGCAUCACCUGCUCUGUCCCAGGGAGGAGAGAAGAAAGGGAGAGCUCGUGCCAAUCAGAUAAUCCCUUGUACAGUGUCUCAGCUGAUGUCUGCCUCACAAGCUGAUGAGGCCUUCAAAGUUGGAGAAGUGGAAGUUGCCCAGGUAACCAUUGUGGGUAUCAUCAGGAGCACAGACAAAUCUAUGACCAACAUUCAGUACAAGGUGGACGACAUGACCGGUGCCCCCAUGGAUGUGAAGCAGUGGGUAGACACAGAGGACCCCAGUGUGGACAGCACUGUACUGCCUCCGGGCACAUAUGUCAAAGUUUCUGGCAACCUUCGCUCCUUUCAGAACCACAGAUCUGUUGUGGCAUUUAGUGUCAGAUCCCUGGAGGACAUGAAUGAAAUCACCUCACAUAUGCUGGAGGUUGUUCAAGCGCACAUGAUGCUCAGCAAAUCUCAAACCAUGUCAGGUGUUGGAGUAGGAAUGAGCAGUAAUGUCAAACCCAUGACACGACCAGGCAUGGAAAGCAUGGGAGGGAGCUAUGGAGGUGCAAGCGAUAUGGCUAACAAUGGGUUAAGCGCAAACCAGAAUCAGGUGCUGAGUUUGAUAAGAGGCUGCCCAGAUGCGCAGGGCAUCAGCAUCCAGGACCUGAAGCAGAGACUCGGUACCAUGAGUCUGGCUGUCAUCAAGCAAGCAGUGGAGUUUCUCAGCAAUGAGGGUCACAUCUUUUCCACCAUCGAUGAAGAUCACUUCAAAUCAACAGACAGUGAUGAUUAGACACCUUCACCUUCUUCACACCAGUUAUCCGAGUUUAACCUGAUAAGUUUCAUCAGUAUAAGGUUUUAUAACUCAAAGCUUCUACUUCUCACGAAUCAUCUCUAAUCUGAUAUUGAGGUUCAUGUUGGUUCAAGAACACAUGGCUUAUGUGAGGUGAGACCUUUCAGUUUACACAUCCUGUAUUCCUGAGGUUGCUUCUGCUUUUUUUUGCAAGUCCCAAGGGUGUUGCUGUUGAAGAAGCAGUUGUUGGCAGUUAAUACUGUUAUUCUGUAUUUUUCACCUCUAAAGCAUUUUGUAAUUUUUAAAGAUUUGGAAAGCAAGUACUCAAUUUGU